UGCUUGUGGACAGUAAAAUGGAAGAUGAUGUUGCAGAUAGUUGGGAAGACGCGGCUGAUAAUGGGGAAAUAGACAGAAGACUAGAAGCAAAGCUGAAGAUUGUACAAAAGGAAAGAAAGUCAAAGUCUCCCUCCAGAGCUCCAGUCAUAAUUCAGGAUGACACCUUUCCUGCAGCUCCUCCCCAACAAAUACGUAUUUUAAAGAGACCGACAAGUAAUGGUGUAAUUACUAAUACAAAAGUUACAAGCAAGCCAGUACAGCCAGUGACAUCACUUGCCCAGCGUGAGGCAGAGUAUGCAGAGGCAAGGAAGAGGAUCUUAGGAAGUGCUUGUCCAGAAGAAGAAGAAGAGCAGGAUAAACCACAGCAGGAGAGAACAGUUUUUGCCAUCCCGCCUUGUUUGAAUCUUCUUUCCGCAAAUUCUCACGGUAACGGAUUAUUGUAUUCUGGUUUUAACCAAGACCAUGGGUGUUUUGCAUGUGGAAUGGAGAAUGGAUUCAGAGUGUAUAACACUGAUCCCCUUAAAGAGAAGGAAAAGCAAGAUGACAGCAUACCACAGCCAGCGAAUAAUAUUGAAUUGAUAAAUUAUUGGUUAAAUUGUGAAGCUAUGUAUUUGUAG